CGUGCACCAAAUGUUGUCCGUGCUUUUCAGGCGCACGGCCCUCUUGCGUGCGCAUGCGCUUUAUCGCGCGCCCACCGUCGCGGCUGCUGCUGUAGCAAGGCGUACCUUCGUCACGAGCUCACCGCGCUUCUUCCCCUCGUCUGAAGCCGCAGCGACGGCGACAGCGCCCAAGCGUACGCGCAAGUCGAGCAGCGUAACCACCGACGAUGCCGACGCCGGUGAUAAACCGAAAGCCAAACCUGGUCGCAAAGCCCAAGCAAAGCCGACAGCAAAGAAAGCCGGGCGCACGGCAAAACCGAAGGUAAAGGCAAGGGCCAAGCCAGGACCGAAACCAAAGCCAAAGCCAAACCCAACGCCAAAGCUGAGGGGAAGGCCCAAAAACAGCAAACCCGCGAAGCCCCCGACAGUGAAGCUCGAGCCAGAGGAUAAGCCGCCCCGCCCACCGGGCAACACGUUCAUACAGUUCUACGUUGAUUUCUAUAAACGGGCUGGUCCCCCAGGCAGCACGGAAGACAGCAGGCUACGAAGUCGCGAGGCGGGCAAAGCUUGGGGGUUGAUGUCUGAUGAAGAAAAAGCUGUCUGGCGCGAAAAAGGACUUGCUGCCCAUGCUGAGUACAAGACGAAGUACACAGCCUGGCUUAAGACGGUCGACAAGACAAAGCUCGCCGAGCUCAAUCGCAGACGCAAGAAACGCGGCAUCUCGCCCAUCACGCAGAACGAACUUCAUCCAAAGCCGCCCAACUCGUUUGUCAGGUUCGCCCAGGAACUCUCUAAGACCAAGUUUAUAAAAGGGAUGCAGCCUCCCGGUGUGAACUAUCCGCCUUACCUCUCGCGAGAGUCUGCUGCCAUAUGGAAAACCAUGAGCGACGCUGAGAAAGCACCGCACAUAUUUUUCCUCGACCAUAGCCGUACGUUGAAGAGUAUCAGCGAGAUAUCGCGGUAUGGAAGGUGGAGCAUAAACGCAGGCUCGCGCAAUGGCGCGAGGAUAAGAUCGCACAGACUGCGAACGAUGCAGAGUGAAAUGAUGCUGAUGUGA